AUGAUGGAUUCUACUCCCUCUCCCUCUCUCUUAUCCCGUCGGUCAUCUGGGUCCUCGUCGCCCCGGUCACUGACCCUCGACCUCUCGGCGAUUCCUGCGCUGACGCAGCCGACCCCGCCCUCCAACACACUCAUCUUCACCAACCUCCAAGACCUCGACAUCUUCCGCGCCGAUAACCUCCAGACUAUCCGCGAGCUGAUUGAGAAGACGUGUCACGUUCACACCUGGUCGCCCCUCCGCUCAUUCAGGCGCAUCAUCGUGUCCUUCCUAGACGAGCAGUCCGCCAUUGGCGUGCGUCAAGCGUGGGACGGAGAGACCAUCAUGGACCACCGCGUACGCGUGUACUUUGGCCAGCACACCCCCGUGGAGGCCCGCGACGAGCACCUCGCCUUGCCCGACGCCGGCAAGCUCUUCUUCAUCUCGCCCCCUCCCAGCCCCCUCACGGCUGGGAGAUGCGCCUCGAGGAUGCGCCCAACAAGCUCGUGCAUGCCGAGGAUCUUGCCGACGCCCUCGCCAAGCUUCACCACAGGCCCAACCCCGCCGCCCCUGACUCGGAGUCUCCCAUCUCCCCGCCGACAGCGGCGCGGGCUUCCCAUGCGAAGCCGGAGCUCGACCCUCAUCUACCAUCCCGAAGAUCACAGCUCCAACUCCGACUUGCCCGCUAUUGCCGUUGAAGAUAUGACGGACGAGCCCAUGAGCUUCUCCUACAGCCCCAUCGAGGCGCCGCGGCCUGCCGUGGUCACCCACACCGCUCGGCCUCCUGUGGAACUUAUGCAGGGAGCCUAA